AUGAAGUUUUCUCACGUUCUCUGCUUGUUUUCUAUCUCAGGCGUUCUAGCAUACCCAAUCGCUCAGAGUAAUACUCUCGCCACUGUCGGCUCAGGUUCGACAAAUGCGACAACCGAUUUCUCGAGUGCGGUGGAUACAAGCAGUGAGGAUGGAACCAACGACCCGGAUACAGCGGUGGACGAUAUCAAAACCGAUGCAGCCAAAGCCAGUUUUGGGUCUAAAGGUUCCAGUGCUGGUGGUGCCAAAGGUUCCAGUUCCAACACGAAGGUGACAUCCGCGAGUGUCAAGUCAGCGGUCCAGAACUUCGCCAACGAUGCGAAUACUGUCUCUUCCAGCUUGAACCAAUUAGGAUCAACGACCGACACGGCUACAAUCAAAUCUCUAGCCACAACCGCAUUCAAGGCCGAGUCGGAUGAAGAUGGGCAAAGAUCAGUCCUCGCAUCUGCAGCAGGUUCUGCUGGAAGUGCAUCGAACAGCAAGAUCGUCAAAAACACCCCCACGGUCUUGAAUGGAUUGUCAGCAAUCAUGAAGAAACCCACUGUCGCCACAACGAAGAGCAACCUUGCUACGAUCCAGAACGCGAGAAACCCAAACAUCUUGCCCAGCAUCACUCAACUUUCGAAUGCCGCAUUGGACGCAAUGGGUCUUCCACAGACGGCGCAGAAGUUCCCAGCGACGACGGGCUAG